GUCUAGUCUCCUUCUCCCCCAUCCAUAUAAAACCCAAAUCUUCCAUCAAAAUCUCCCCACCCCAAAGGAGAAGCUCUGAAACCUCCAAUCUCUCUUCUCCUCGAUCAUCAAAACCCUCCAAAGGGGAAGAAAGCUUUCGUCUUCCGGUGAUCGGUUCGUUCCUUAUAUGAUCGUGUAAGUAAUGUCAGUCCAUAGGAAGGAUGCCGAUCGGAUCAAGGGCCCGUGGAGUCCCGAGGAGGACGAGGCCCUGCGGCGGCUCGUCCUUAAGCAUGGCCCCCGGAACUGGUCCCUCAUCAGCCGCUCCAUCCCCGGGCGGUCCGGGAAGAGCUGCCGCCUCCGGUGGUGCAACCAGCUGAGCCCCCAGGUGGAGCACCGGGCCUUCACGCCUGAGGAGGAUGAGACCAUCAUCCGGGCCCACGCUCGGUUCGGCAACAAGUGGGCCACCAUCGCCCGCCUCCUCUCUGGCCGCACCGACAACGCCAUCAAGAACCAUUGGAACUCCACCCUCAAGCGCAAGUGCUCCUCCGCCGCCGCUGUGGUGGCCGAGGACGGUGGCACGGCUGACGCCGGGGUUUAUGAUUGUAGCUUCGAUGAGAGGCCUCGGAAGCGGUCCACCAGCCCGGCCGGGUCGUCCGGUACGAGCGACUCCAGCGCGCCGUUCGUACACCCUACUGGGGGUAGCGUGUACGGCACCACCUUAUGUGCUGCUGUCCCGGAGACGACUUCGUCGACCUCCGACUACCCGCCCACCUUGCUUAGCCUCUCCCUUCCGGGAUCCGAAUUGGCGGAGGUGUCAACUCGAACCGAGCCAACUCCGCCCGCGGCACCUGAGCUGGAGUUGACGCAGCCCUGGUCGGCUCGGCAGGCGGUGGCCGAGUUGGCUCAGCCCCCGGCGAGGACUAUCCAUCUGAUGCCUGCUCCGGUGAUAUCGCCCGCGCCAGCUCUGGCACCCGCUCCGGCUCCGCCAGCGGUCGAGAGGAGGAAAACCGGGUUUACGCCGUUCAGUGAGGAUUUUAUGGCGGUGAUGCAAGAGAUGAUAAGAGCAGAGGUGAGGAACUACAUGGCAGGGCUGGGGCAGGGCGGGGCGGCCUUGGGGAUGUGCUCGCAGGCAGCUGCCGCGGAAGGGAUCAGGAACGCUGUCAUUAGCCGAAUCGGAAUCAGGAAGAUCGAGUAGAGAGAGAGAGAGAGAGAGAGAGAGAGGGAGAAUUGUAAUUAAGUCGACGGGAAAGUGUUUGAACGUUAAUCUCUGGGGGAGAGACGACCGGAAGAAAUGCAAGCUCUGGUUUUUUCCUUGGUCUUUUAGGAAAGAAUAAUAAAACAGCUAUGGCGAAUGUACAGUUUCUAUAGAGAGAGAGAGAGAGAGAGGUUGAAGAAGCAGAAGGAAUGAAGAAGACGAGGAAACUGCUGCUGUUGCUGCUGCAAUAGCAUGAUGAAGAAGAUGAAACAAAUCGCAGACCGUAGAUGGGAUCUGAAUCUGUUGAUCUCUUCUCCUUAUUUGUCAAUCUCCUUUGGCCCUUUGUUUGGAACACAAGCGAGCAAACAUCAUCAAUCAAUCGACAUGGGGAGGGAAAAACAAAAACUCACCAAAAAAAUUGUGAAUUUCGAAAAUCAGAGAAAAAUGAAAAAAAAAAAAAAGAAGGCUUUGCUGAAUUUCUCUCGAUGAGCUUCUGAUUUCCAAUGCCAAACUUGUUAAGAUCAUAA